UGCACACUCAGCUACUUCCUGUUGGGGAGUUUUUGCUAGUUGUUCGUGGAGUAUCGGUCAUGUUUUACAAUGUUUUGAGAAGACUGGCGAUAGAAGCAGGUUCUGUUCAACGCUAUGUAAAUUCUACAGCUCAUAUCCGGAGGGUAGGUGCCGUGUGUGUGUCGGUUCGGAGGUUUACGGACGUGAAGGACGGAGCUCAGCCGCCGUUUGACGCCUCCCUGCUCCAGGUGCUCGUAUGUCCGCUGUCCAAGAAACCCCUGAGGUAUGAAGCUGAGACCAAUGAGCUGAUCAACGAGGAGCUCGGCAUCGCAUAUCCCAUCAUUGACGGCAUCCCCAACAUGAUCCCUCAGGAGGCCAGACUCAUACAGAAAGACGCAGACGCCUCCAACACAUCACAGCAGAAGUAGAAACUCUACCACAGUACCGUCAGACACAGUUUCAACAGUAGAGUGGAUCAGAACAGUGUGUGGGUAUGUUCUCCCUGUCCAUGAUGGUGGGCCUGGUCCCCAUCGUGUCCCUCUUCGGGUUGUUCUACUCGGCUGCGGUGGAU